GCAAAUCCUAAUGUAUUUUUAAUAUAUAUUUUCUAGUUUUCCUAUAUUGCUUCCGAAUAUACCUAUAGGUUGGAGUUGGAUUAACCAAUUGCUUAACGUUUUUGAUAAUGAUAUACGCUUCUGAUUUGUUGACUUUUCUCUGGAUGACAACUCUUUAUGAAGUCCGACAGCAGGCACGAAAGUUGUGUCAAAUUGUAUCAAAGGAAGGGAUAGGAAAAGAAACAGAGCGUAAGAGACACUGUUGGCUCAUGAUCAGCAGGUUGACUUCAUCCUUCGGUGAGGCGAUGUGCUUGGCCACAGACGGUCUCUUGAUGUCCCUCUUCUCUUCCUUCCUGAUCGGUUGCUAUGGCUGCCUCACCAGCUUCACGAACCGCAUCAAGCGAGCAGAAUAUGUUUGGUGGGAGUUCGCCGAGUCAUCUUCCAUAUACAUUUUCUUCUUCUUUAUGUUCGACACUGCUGAAAGGACAACGAUUGAGGCUGGAACCAAAUUUUCUUCUAUUGUUCUUAAUUUAAAACACUCGAAGAUGGACAAGGAAACAUUAAGUGAUAUGUCGCUCUUACUUUCAUGUAUUUCCUCAUGCCCCCCGGUUGUAACUUUUGCAGGAUUAGUUGAAGUAAAUAGAACUCUUCUAACUAACCUUGUUUCUAAUUCUGUUACAUAUUUGGUACUGCUGUUCCAAUACAGAAGAGAGUAAUACACCACGGAGAAUCAUCUUAGUAUUCUC